AUGGAGUAUCUCAUUGGGAUUCAAGGACCUGAUUUCGUCCUAGUCGCUGCUGAUAAUGUGGCUGCUAGCAGCAUUAUUCAGAUGAAACAUGACUAUGACAAGAUGUUCAAGCUGAGCGAGAAGAUCCUGCUGCUCUGUGUGGGAGAGGCCGGAGACACUGUGCAGUUUGCAGAGUACAUCCAGAAGAACGUCCAGCUCUACAAAAUGAGGAACGGAUAUGAACUGAGUCCGGCGGCGGCAGCAAACUUCACACGGAAGAACCUGGCAGACUACCUACGGAGCAGGACGCCGUACCACGUCAACCUGCUGCUGGCGGGCUACGACGAGGCCGACGGGCCGGGCCUCUUCUACAUGGACUACCUGUCGGCCCUGGCCAAGGCGCCCUUCGCCGCCCACGGCUACGGCGCCUUCCUCACCCUGUCCAUCCUGGACCGGUACUACAAACCAGGUCUGCUGGCACGCCAUCUGACCCGAGAGGAGGCCGUGGACCUGCUGAAGAAGUGCAUCGAGGAGGUGGGUGUGGGUUCCUCUGUGGGUCGGUUCCUCUGUGGGUUCUUUCCAGGUUCUAACUGCUUCUCUGACCUCCUGCAGCUCAACAGACGCUUCAUUCUCAACCUGCACUCCUUCAACGUCCGCAUCAUCGACAAGGAAGGCAUCCACGACAUGGAGAAGCUGACCGUGGACGCCAAGUGA